AUGGAUAAUACGUAUAAGGUCAACCGCUUUAACAUGCCGCUUCUACAGAUCAUUGGCACAACAGGGCUACACAAGAGCUUCAGUGUAGGCUUUGGCCUCACUGCCAAGGAAGACGAAGGCGCGUUCCAAUGGAUCCUCUCACAGUUGCGUGAGGCUGGUCGGCAGGCUGAUAUUCCGGACCCGGGCGUUGUGAUUACCGACUUUGAUACCGCCCUGAAGAACGCCCUUGACUCUAUCUUCCCAUCAACGCAACAACAAGUGUGCGUUUGGCAUAUGAUGAAGAACAUCAGCGGACUUUUGAGCACACAGCUGACGAGAUCAGUGGGAUCUACUCUGUAUAGAGUUUUCGGAUCAGCCAGCUCUCGUUAA